AUGCAACAGGCGAACCGCGUGCUGAGCCAGCCGAUGGAAAUGAUAAAUAGCGAAAAGCUGGAGGAGGCGCUGCAGUGUGUUGAGCAGGAGGAGAGAAUAUACUGCCUGGCCUCGGAGAUAGAGCAGACUCUGCACAUGCACAUUCACGGAAGAGGCCUUUUCUUUGGAAACAUAAGCAGAGAUAUAUAG